CACGUGGCCGGUCGGGCGCGUGUGCAUGCUGCUGACAGCUGAUACGGGGGCACCGGCGCAAACGGCACCGACGUCCUCGAGGCAGUAGCAGCACCGGCAGCGCUUGCUUGCUUGCUUCGACUGUGGCCCGGCCGGCGUAAACAGACAGCGAGGCCUGCAGCAGCGUGCGGCGUUAGCCGGGUGGAACGACGGGUUUCGCAAUAUAGCAUCCAUAUACAGAACCGCGAACGCCGUUUCCAGCUACCAGCAUCAUGACUACCAGUCCAGCCACAAGUCAAAAAGGCGUACCGGUGACCUACACCUACCUGAUCCCAUCAACGCCGACCAGCCCGCACCCGUGGCACAAGGAAGUUUCCCCGCCCCCGAUGGCCCAGCGAGACGACGCUGGCUGCCUCACGUGCGUCUCCUGCCACAAGGAGUUCAGCAGCGAGUACGACUUCAUGGUACAUCAGAGGCGGCAUACGGGCGAGCGACCAUUUCAGUGUUCCAGGUGCUUCGAGUCAUUUGCAUCGGCGUCGGCUCUCCUAUUGCACCGGGGUAGCGUGCACGACAGUCGGUCGCCAUUCCGAUGCACCUUCUGUGGCCGCGCCUUCAACGAAGGCGAUGCCUACUCGCGCCACUUGAGCCGGCACCGGCGAACAGGCUUCUGCUUCCGUUGUUCGUGCACAAGACUUUUUCGCGAUGAAGAGGAGAUCAGGGCACACUUAGCUGUGCAUGAGAGCGGCAAAGGACACAAAUGCCCGUGCUGCCGCAGAGUGUACGAGUCGCUCCUUGCGCUUGGCGCACACUUUAACAAGCACGAGAAGGCUGGCAAAACAAAGACAACAAAGACGCCACCACGGCGCAUCCUACGGUGAUGACAGAGGCAAUGCAGUGCGUUUACAUGCCUGUGUUCACCAUUUGCUCAAGCAGCAUUGGCAUGGGACUCUUCUUGUAGACUAUGCAAUACGCUUUCUGCAAAAGCCUAUGCCUGCUUCCCACGAAAGCACGAAGCACCUAUUGUAAUGUCGUGCCUGAAAUGUUCCUUAACAGCUCAGUCUUCCUGCUGUGGAAGUCCGCCAAUGCUAGGCAACCAGUUGUUCCCUGAGACUGCCAAGCCCUUCAGCGCAACACCCAAAUCCGAACACAGAGGUGAUUUUCAGUGAUACCACAGCAGGUCACUAGACAUAGCAUCUAGUGCAUCCGACUUAACUCUUCUCUGAACCUCCUAUUAACUUGACAUAACUUCGUACCCCGGUUGCAUGAACAGAGGAAGUGUCAAGUCCCAAAAUCAGAGUUGUGAAAUGUGCUGCAAGUGUAAAGUACUAGCAGUGACGGCUGAAGCACAAGGGUGCAUGUGUGUGCAUGCAUGCAUUUUCCAAACCACUUUUCAUGUAGCAAAUGAAACUAGCAAAUAUGCAGUAAAUGCACAAGCCUUCUGUGCACUGCCCAAUGCCUCAACUUUUACAUAAUUAAUAUUUAGUUUAUCAAAAUUUUAUUCUUCUAGCACAACCUUGCACAAUGUACCUAUUCUUAGUGUUUUUAAGUAUAAAGCCAGACUCAGUAGCCUGCCUUUGAACAGCAUUAUUGUCUGCAAACAUGUGACACACAAACUAUUUUUACAGAACUGCCAUAUAACAUAUGCAUUCAUGCAAGCAACAAGAAUGAACAGAUAGAGGGUAGAAGCAAGAAUAUUUAAGUGUCGGGACAUGGAUGCUCAUGUGCCUUUGCGCACAGUAAUGCAGUGUCUGAAAUCAUGUUUUUGUGCAACAUUCGGCAUUAUUUUACUAAAGCUUUAAUGCUUGUCGAGUUAUUUCAGUGUACUUACUACUUUUAGCUUGUACGGUUUCAAAUCGGAAAUAAAUUCACGUGUUAGUAAUGUGUGUUAGCAUUGACACAGGUGUUCUGUUCUGCUUUAUUACAUAGCUGGCAACAGCAA